AUGUCAGACUGUUAUGAUUCUUUAACUGAUAUAUAUGUGAAUACGACAUCGUUCUUGACCCCAGAAUCCUACUGGGGCCAAUUUGAGGAAAUUUCCAAAUACAACACCCAUCUCAAUGUCGUGGAACGGCUCUGGACAGCAUGGUACGCCUGGAUGCAGAACGAUGUUCUUGCGACUGGUAUCAUGUCAUUUAUGAUGCACGAACUUGUCUAUUUUGGACGCUCGCUGCCAUGGAUCUUCAUAGACAGCAUGGGCUUUUUCAAGGGUUAUAAAAUUCAAAGUAACAAAGUUCCGUCCUUCCGUGAACAGUGGGAUUGUGCCAAGUUCGUGCUAUUAAGCCAUUUCACCGUUGAGUUGCCUCAAAUCUGGCUUUUCCAUCCCAUGGCCCAAUUCUUCGGCCUCUCAACUUCCGUCCCAUUUCCUUCGAUCUGGACCAUGGCCUAUCAGAUCGCUAUAUUCUUCGUUCUCGAAGACACGUGGCACUACUUUUCUCAUCGCGCUCUUCACUGGGGACCACUUUAUAAAGGCAUCCACAAAAUUCACCACCAGUACUCAGCGCCCUUUGGUAUGGCUGCGGAAUACGCCUCGCCUAUUGAAGUCAUGAUCCUGGGAUUUGGCACGGUUGGCUGUCCCAUUCUGUGGUGUGCGUUGACCGGGGACUUGCAUAUCUUCACCAUGUACAUCUGGAUUGUCUUGCGGCUGUUCCAGGCAAUCGAUGCACACAGUGGCUAUGAAUUUCCUUGGAGUCUCCACCAUUUCCUCCCCUUCUGGGCUGGGGCCGAUCACCAUGAUCUGCAUCAUGAGAAGUUCGUUGGCAAUUACUCCAGCAGCUUCAGGUGGUGGGACUAUAUGUUGGAUACCGAGUAUUCUCCAGAGGCGAUCAAGCGCAGAAGACAAACGAAACUUUCUGGGGAUCUGAAGAAGGGCCAAUGA